AUGAGAAGCAAGCAAAAACGGACUGACACACACACACACACACACACUCCUCUUCAAACGAAAUCAACAAAACCCCAAAAACCACAAAAAGUGCGAAACCACCAGAAACCCUCUCAACACACAAAAGAACUCUCUCUCUCUCUCUCUCUCUCUCUCUCUCUCUCUCUCUCUCUCUCUCUGUCUCUGUCUCUCUGUCUCUCUGUCUCUCUGUCUCUCUCUGUCUCUGUCUCUCUCUCAAAGGGCAGCGGGGAGGCGGGCAUGAAGGGGGGAAAAGGGUUGACGGGAGAAGGGGGAGGAGGAGUGGGGAUCAAUGGCUUUGAGAGGGUGGAAAGGCCAUCGACACCGGAGGAGGGGUCAAACAGCAGCUGCAGCAGCUUCUGGUCAAAAGAGCCAGACGCGUUGCGCCGACAGAGAAGCGCACGGGCAGUAGCAAUGGGCAAACCAAUGGGACACGGGCCAGCUCUACACCCAGAGAGAGAAGAGAGAGAGAGAGAGAGCGAGCGAGAGAGACGACAGCGUGAGCAAGAGCGCAAAGAGAAAAAAGAGAGAGAGUGCGGGCGUGUGAGGGGAUGGCGCGUGGGGGUGGGCGGCGAGUCGUCAAUGGGCAGGCUGCCAGUCUCGCACCAACAGCACAGGGCAACACACACACACGACGGCUCCACCAAGGAAGAUGAACAGAGCGACAACGGGCAACACGCUCGUCGCGCUGGCAAACGAGAGAGAGAGAGAGAGAGAGAGAGAGGGAGAGACGAGAGAGAGAGAGCGAGAGCGAGAGAGAGAGAGAGGGAACAAGACACAGAGCAGGGAACACACGAAGCACAAGAGGUGAACAAGUCGAGCAACAAGGUGUGGCGUUGCGGCACGGAUCAGGAUCGUACGCCAACGCGACAGGAGGCGCUGCCCUUUGCCCUCAUCAAUGUGGCGUGCGCCCCCCGCACACACUGA